GCCCCGCCCACCGCGGUCACGUGACGCGCCCCGCCCGACACGUGACUCGCCUGACCCGGAAGUGGCGCGCGGGGGACGCUGACGCUGGAACAAAGAUGGCGGCCCGCGGCGCUGGGGCCGUGCUGGGGCUGCUGCUGCUGCUGCUCCGCGCGGGCCCGGCCCGCGCCCGCGUCCAUCACCUCACCCUCAAAGAUGACGUGAGGCAGAAAGUGCACCUGAAUACCUUUGGCUUCUUCAAGGAUGGUUUCAUGACUGUCAAUGUCAGCAGCCUUUCCCUGAAUCCAGCAGUGAGCCCCGAUGACGUGGACCGUGUAUCAGUGGGAUUCAGUUUGUAUCGAACAAGCAAUGACGGUUUCUCCACUUACCUGGAUGAAGAAGUGGAUUACUGUAUCUUGAAGAAGACACCAGAGCCAGAUGUUUCUGUUGUAAUCUUACUUCUGGACUUCCGAACUGACCUUGUGAAAGUACGGUUCUCUUCAGAAGCUGCUUCUUUGUUACCCAGAAUUUUAUUUCUGUCUGAGGAAAAUGGUACUGCCUUAAAUACCAAGCUGCUAAAAAGUUCUGAAUCGAGUAGUGGUAAAAAUCCUCCAAAGACCAAUGAAAAUACAGAUGACAAAGGUGAGAAGUCCAAACAAAGUACAACAUCCUCCCAGAGCAUGGUAGAACAAAAACAUCCUUUUCACAAAGAUGGAGAAACUUAUUCAUUUCAGUUCUCUUUUAACAUCAGCUCGGAUAAACAAGAAGGUCUCUACAGCCUGUAUUUCCAUAAGUGUGUUGCCAAGAAAGGGCCAGCUAACGAUCAGCAGCUGUUUAGUCUUGAUAUAGAUAUUACGGAAAAGAAUCCUGAAAGCUACCUCUCAGCAGGUGAAAUCCCACUGCCAAAACUUUACAUUUCCAUGGCUCUCUUCUUUUUCCUGUCUGGGACUGUAUGGAUCCACAUACUUCGUAAACGCAGAAAUGAUGUCUUUAAGAUCCACUGGCUCAUGGCAGCCCUUCCUUUCACCAAAUCAUUGUCCUUAGUCUUCCACGCGAUCGACUAUCACUACAUCUCCUCUCAGGGAUUCCCCAUCGAGGGCUGGGCUGUUGUUUAUUACAUCACUCACCUACUGAAGGGAGCUCUUCUGUUCAUCACUAUCGCCCUCAUUGGCACAGGCUGGGCUUUCAUUAAACACAUCCUGUCAGAUAAAGAUAAAAAAAUUUUCAUGAUUGUCAUUCCACUUCAGGUACUGGCAAAUGUGGCUUACAUUAUCAUAGAGUCAACAGAAGAGGGAACAACUGAGUAUGGACUGUGGAAAGAAAUCCUUUUCCUGGUGGACUUGCUGUGCUGUGGAGCCAUCCUGUUCCCAGUGGUAUGGUCAAUAAGACAUUUGCAAGAGGCAUCAGCAACAGAUGGGAAAGACUUCAUUGGGAAAUUGCAUACUACACAUUCAAUAGCUGUUUUUCCUGGCACUCAGUCUUCUGGUGGCAUCCUUCCUGCUGCCAUUAACCUAGCAAAGCUGAAGCUCUUCAGACAUUACUAUGUCAUGAUUGUGUGUUACAUUUACUUCACACGGAUCAUUGCAAUUCUCAUAAAGAUUGCUGUUCCAUUCCAGUGGAAAUGGCUGUACCAGCUGCUGGAUGAAAUGGCCACACUCGUGUUCUUUGUCCUUACUGGGUACAAAUUCCGUCCAGCAUCAGACAACCCUUACCUACAGCUCUCUCAAGAUGAUGAGGAUGACUUGGAGAUGGAAGCUGUGGUGACAACUUCAGGAGUAAUGGAGGGCAUGAAGAAAGUCAAGAAAGUGGUGAAUGGUUCAGCAGAGCCUCAGGGCGACUGGGAAAGCACGGCAUGAUGGACUGGACUAAGGCAGCACUUUCAGAGAAACUUUUUUAAUUUAUUAAUAUUACUCUCAGUGGAAAGGGAGCAACUUGCACUCCCCACCACUGAACUGCAGAGUGGGGUGUGUCUAGGGAGAGCAAAGCAGUGCAGAAAUAUAACUAUUCCUUUGAUCAUAAGAAAAUGGGAUCUCCUGGUACCUGCAAGGAGUGUGAAGCUUUCCUAGGGAUUUUGGGUAGCUUUUUUUUUUUCCCCCCUUUUCUGGAUCGGUUCUUUAUUCUGAAUUGUUGUGUUCCUCAGAAUGUGUAAUACUCAUGUGAAGAGGGGUUUUCAGUGUGUAUGUAAAGAAUAUAUUUUAUAUAAUGCUCAUAUAUCUACACACACACACUUGCUAUGUAACAUGAAUGCUGGGACUUGCAAAGCCUGUCAGAAGGUGGGAAAAGAAGAUAAAGACAUGUAAGUAUUUUUUUUUCUUUUUAUAAACUCUCCUUUUGGCUUGGACAAAACAUUGCAAAACAAAUGGAUAGGAGCAACUGCAGUUACUUGCGAGACUGAAGGGGUAUUGGAUCAGAUGACUUCUGCCACUGCUCAUGCAAGUGUGAAAGGUGAUAAGUAUCUUCUUGUCUUAUCCCUGCAGGUGUCCACCUGAAUGUGUCAGGUUUUCAGAUGUGUUGCUAUACAGGAAAUGAGUGACUGUUCUCCAUUAAAGCACUAAGCCCAUAGUGCAGUAAACAUUUAUGUACAUUCUCCAGUGUCCUUGGAGCUGCUCUUGACUCACCCCCACUUGACAAGAAGAACAUGAGAGGUGUAAGACUGAUGCUUGCUUUUUAGGGGUCUGCCUAAAUGUUUACUUUCAAGCUGUGACCCAGAGCACUUUGGUUUGCUUUGUAAAAUAUUUUCAAGGUUUUUCAAAAGUCACUCCUUUCUGACACAGUAUAAACUGUACCAGACACUCCAGUGGAAAUCUGUCUGGCCAUUUUACUGCAGCAUAAAUCUCUGGUUCACAGUUACCCUGAGUUACUGGGCCUCUCUGGAUGCUGCUUGUACCUCUGUGGCUGUGUAGGAUUAAUGACACUGCUUGUUGAGAUGAGCUGAACUGGUCACAGUGGUAUUGCCACCAAAAACAGGCAACUGUAACUCCCAGUCCUAAAUGUUGGGAUUUUCUUCUGUCAGGAGAGGAGAAGAUUAUGACCAGAACCUUGAUGCAGGGGAAUAUGGAAUCCUUGACUGUUAGCUGCAGACUUGCAGUGGAGUCUUUACAGACAUGUUCCAAAUUGCCACGUGUGUUUUCUCUGUGGUCCCUGGAGUUGGUAUAGGGCAGUUGGUGUCCAGAUUUGUAGUAGUGAAAAUGUGCAUUCAUUUGGGGGAGGAUGGAAGUGGCUCACUGGUGGAAUGAGGAUUAGCUUUAACAAAAAUAAAUUGGUUAUUAGUCACUGACCCACUGAAGCCUUAAUACUCAUGCAGAGACAUUGACAUGUGGUGCCUCUGCCAGGGUGUCAGAGGUGUCAUCAGAGCUCUGGAUGUGCCAGCAAUGCUUACAGACUCAUUCAGGAAUUGGAGGGACUACAUUUCUGGGGCACAGCUGAUGAGAGGACUAUUAGCCACUAGUGUAUUGUAUUCUUCAAGCUGAGAAGGAGGAUUUCAUCAAGAAUCUUGUACCACUUCCUCACUCCUGAGCAGAGAUUGUGGAGCUCUUGGUGAGCUGUCUGUACCAAGACUUGCAGUUUGAGGAGCAGCACCACUUUCCCCCAUUGCCACUUCUUUUCCCAGGUGUUGGUUCUAUGCCCCAUGGAGAUGGUAGAAACCAAUCUUACCUGCUUUGAUACCUGGAACUGCCUUCUCUUCAGAUAAAGCACAAGAAGAGCAUUUGUCUCUGGCUACAGAUUUUUCUUCUGUUUUCCUCCUAAGCUGUAACUUCACAGUAAUCACAGCAGUGAUAGUUUGACUUUGCUGUCAUUGCCUUGCAGUGAGACAGUUUAGUGAGAAGAGAUGCUAUACCACUGGAAAGGCUGUUUGGUGACCUAUGCGCCUUUUAGGCCUUCUGGAGGAAGAAAUCUGCAUAUUUAGCUGAAGUGUGAGAAAUUGGACCAUAAACAAACACAGGCAGUCCCAGCUCAUCAUGCACUUAAAUUCAAUAUCUGGGAAGUUCAUCCUCUGCAGUUAUUCUGUCCCUUGUCACUCCCUGCAUCCAAAGGGCUGCUUGAACAGGCUGUGAAGUUUGAGAGAAACCCACUGAAGACUUGAAGUGUGUUGGCACUGAGGUAUGUAAGGGAUAAGGAUGUGCUGUCAGGAACAAAUUGCAUCUGGACAAUGCUGUUCUAGAGCCUGUUAAUCCUUUUGUGAAUGAGAUGUGAAACUGUCAUAGAUGUGGCAUUUCAGCCAGAAGCAGAGGGCUGUGCUGUGAUCCCAGGGAAUGCUGAGAUGGUUCCAAACAGCUGCCUAUUCCAUACCUCAGCAUCAGUGGAGCUGACAAUUUGGCAAGUGCUGUUACCUUACUCUCAGGUUUCUUAUUUUCAUUUUUUUUUUUAUAUGCACUUUUUUUAUUGAAGUUGCAUAUGGUGCAGGUUUAUCUGCCAAGUCCCUGGCUCACCAGUCAAAGGCCAAGAAAAUGGGUCAUUUCUUUUUGUAUUGGCAAGGAAAACCACAGCAGUAUUCUGGAAGUCCUUUUUUUACAAGAGCUUCUUCCAAGUUCAGCCCUGAGCUUCAGCAGUCAGCUCUGCAGCCAGCUUCAGCUGGUGAUCUACAUGGGAUGCCAAGCAGCAGGAAAUGGUCAGACCUGGGCAUUAGCAAGGAAAAUCAAAGUCAUGGACGAGUCAAAACCUGAGAGGUUCUUAUUGUGGCCAUUUCCAAAAUGAAUUUUCUCUGUUGCAAUUCCUUGGAUCAGGACAAAAAGUCUGUCCUGAUGGAUGGGAUAGCAGCUGGGAUGGUGGAGGGGAUGGCUGCAGUUGUGCUUCUCUCCAGCACAGCGAGAGCUGCACUGCAAAGCAUCAAAGACAGGCGUGCUCCCUCCCUCCUUCCCAGGCAAACCCACAUGGCUGCAUUGCGUGACUCCAGGGCUAGUGGAGCUUCAGGCAGGAUCAUCAGUGCUUGCCUUUCAUGUGCUGAUGGCUGCUGAUCUGGUAGGAAGCCCUGCCUCUCCCGGGGAGGGAAGCUAGAGGAGCUGUUGUGGGUUACAGAUCGUUAGGGAUGUGCAGCUUUGCUUCCCUGUCGCUGCUUUUGCUGAAGUGAGGAGCUGAAGCAAUCACCAGCAGUACCCAGCAGCAGUGACAGGAGUCCUGGAACAGCAGGUCUGGUGCAAUGGCAAUAAAUGGUUUGAAUGCUUUCCCAUCUGCUGUGCAGCAGAGCACUCGGUCCCCUCUGCAGACAAAAACGAGACUGGUUCAGCCUGUGCUUGUAAUGCUGGUUAUACCCCAAUAAAUCCCUGUGGAUGCUGACAUGCACAUGCCACUGCUGCACUCCUUCCUGCCUGGCUGCUCAGCAGGCUGUCUUCCAGAGGAAGCCUCCUUGCAGAGCAACUGCCAGACUCUUGCAUUCUUCGGGCUGGAAAAUGUUUUCCUUGAUGCUUCAUCAAGAGAUGUAAAGAAAGAAAGGAAGACAUAAUGGGGUCAUCUGGAGCAGUGCUGCUGCCUGCUCGGAGUGGAGCAGUUGGAGUUGAAGAAGACACAUGCUGUCCUAUUAAGAUGCUCUUUCAUGCUCUGGUCGAGCUCGGCGUGCUGUGAUGUGUGCAGUGCAUUGUUCAGUGUUUCCCUCCAGCUGAGUGCCCUGUACCUGGAUUUCCAUACUGGCAUACCCUGGGAGAGCAUGUUGUAAAAAUUUGCUGCAUUGCAGCAUUUUGUCUGGAGCUUGUAGUGGGGAAGGUGUGUUUUUUUUCUAAGCUGAGUGGACUCACUCUAGCAUGAGUGUGCAUCCACCAUGUAUCCUUGAGCACUGUAACAUUCCUUCUGGCCAUGGAAGGGCAUGUCCUGAUCACUCCAGUGUGCACAUCUGGUGCAAGUCCUGUAGAUUUUUACUGUUAAGUCUUUUUUCCUUACUGUGUAUUCCUCUUAGAGAAGCAGUUGAGCCACUGACAAUCAAAUUGAUGAGAAGGGAGGUGAUUUUGUUGUUUAUUUGAGAACUGCCCAAUUUGAAGCAAAUACUGGGUAUUGUAGGCUCUGUUGAGCUCUGAGAACUGGAGUUCCUUAGCUAUUAAGGAGAGGGAAGGAAAUCUUUCUUCCUUUAGCCUACUUGGUUUGUCUCCUUCAAUUUGACCUGUCAUGCUAGCUAACAGAUUGCUGUCACUUUAAAGAAGAUGUUUUAUAGCUCCUGUGUUAUGAUCUCUGCUUCACUCAUAGAGCACAUCCCCAUUUUUCACCUGUGUGCAAAGAGUGAGGAGCUGUGGUCUGCAGGAGUGGGAGGUGCAGUGAGGUUUGAACAUAGUGGGACUCACACUGAAACUGUGACCUUGUGUGUAGUGUCAGUAGCCUCAAUGUUUCAUGAGAGCUGAGGUGGUGCUGCCCAGAUACACUUGAGCAAUGUUUCUUUGUGUUCCCUGGGGUUGAUUUGCUGUUAAACGUUGUUCUAAAUUGCAUUAAUUUGGCUUUUUUUUUUUUUUUUUUUUUUUUUAGCUGCUGGAUACAACACUUUUGGGCUAAUUAAUCACUUUUCCUUAGCAAUAUUGAGAAGCUGUGCAUUUUUCCUUUGUAGUGUCUUGCCUGGAUAUAGCAGUGAUCCACUGAGAGCUGCACAUGAUCUGUGCUCCCAAGUGGCUGGAACAGGAUGUAGGAAAAUACUGAUACUCAGGUUUUGAGUGGUGUAGGAAGAAAGUGGCUGAGAAAAGACUCACUCCAUAUAGGCUGACUGGCUCAAAAAGCCAUUUGUGUUUUGACUGCAGCAAUCCUCUAGAAAGGACAAUUCUUAAUAAAUAUUUCCCUGUGGGAUUUCACUCAGUGUUCUGCUCUCUGUGAACUAGAGUCUGACCUCCUCAUCAUCAGAAGCAUUUCAUCCUGUAGCCAGUGGAGCUGGUACCUGUUCUGCUAAAACAGAGUAUGGGUCUAAAUAGCUUCCUUUGCCCUUUAGGAACUAUUAAUAAUUAAUUCUAGAUCCUCUUGUGUCAUUAAGCAGCUUUAGGGCACCUUGUACAAUGUAGCUUUGAAUUGAUUUAGUAAAUGACCUCUAGAAGAACUAAAAAAGACACUUCUGUGUACAGCAAGGUCCAGUUCCUGGGGUUUUGGUAACCUGUAAAUAUCUUAUUCCUCAGUUCCUGUUCAGAUGUAAAAAUGGAUUUUUUUUCAGUAUUUUUUUAAACUUUAUUAAACAGCAAACAGUAUUUGAAGAGAAGCAAGGUAGAGACAAGUCAGGACAGUCUGUGUAACUUGGUUUCCCUGCUGUGAUGCAAAUGUGUAAAAUAAAGAUUGACCAGAAA